AUGGCGGACACCAACAACAACCUAAAGGUCCUAAACGCCCUCGACGUGGCGAAAACCCAAUGGUACCACUUCACGGCCAUCAUCAUCGCCGGUAUGGGCUUCUUCACCGAUGCAUACGACCUUUUCUGCAUCUCUCUCGUCACCAAAAUGCUGGGCCGAAUCUACUACCACGUCCCGGGCUCCCCCAAACCAGGCUCCCUCCCCCCGAACGUCUCCGCCGCAGUUAAUGGCGUCGCCCUCGUCGGAACCCUUGCCGGUCAGCUCUUCUUCGGCUGGCUCGGCGACAAGCUCGGCCGCAAAAAAGUCUACGGCGCAACCCUAGCCCUAAUGUGCGCCUGCUCGAUUGCCUCCGGCCUCUCGUUCGGUUCCCAACCAAAAUCCGUAAUGGCCACUCUCUGCUUCUUCCGAUUCUGGCUCGGUUUCGGGAUCGGCGGCGAUUACCCCCUUUCCGCCACGAUCAUGUCCGAGUACGCCAAUAAGAAGACUCGCGGCGCGUUCAUAGCCGCCGUUUUCGCGAUGCAAGGGUUCGGGAUUCUCGCCGGGGGCAUUUUCGGAAUGUUGAUGUCGGCCGUUUUCGAGGCCUGGUACCCGGCCCCGUCUUACAGGGUUGACCCGGUCGGGUCGACCCCUCCGGAAGCCGACUACCUUUGGAGGAUCAUUCUAAUGUUCGGCGCCGUCCCGGCGCUCGCCACGUUCUACUCGAGGAUGAAAAUGCCCGAGACCGCUCGUUACACGGCGCUCGUGGCGAAGAACGCCAAACAAGCUGCGUCUGACAUGUCGAAGGUGCUCAACAUGGAUAUCGAGGCCGAGCCGGUGAAAGUCGAAGAGAAGAAACCGGGUUUUGGGCUUUUUUCCCGGGAGUUUCUCUCGAGGCACGGGCUUCACUUGCUCGGGACAACGAGCACGUGGUUCUUGCUCGACAUUGCUUUCUACAGCCAGAAUCUGUUUCAGAAGGAUAUAUUCAGCGCGAUCGGGUGGAUUCCGAGCGCGAGCACGAUGAGUGCCGUUCGGGAGGUGUUCACGAUCGCUCGGGCGCAGACGUUGAUCGCGCUAUGCAGCACCGUCCCGGGAUAUUGGUUCACGGUGGCUUUGAUAGAUGUGAUCGGCCGGUUCGCGAUACAACUGAUCGGGUUUUUCUUCAUGACGGUUUUCAUGUUUGCGUUGGCGUUUCCGUAUAAUCAUUGGACGAAGCCGGAUAAUCGGAUCGGGUUUGUGGUGAUGUACUCGUUGACGUUCUUCUUUGCGAAUUUCGGGCCGAACGCGACGACUUUUGUGGUGCCGGCAGAGAUAUUUCCGGCGAGGCUCCGGUCGACGUGUCACGGGAUAUCGGCGGCUGCGGGGAAGCUCGGGGCGAUAGUCGGGGCUUUCGGGUUUUUGUACCUGGCGCAGAAUCCGGACCCGACGAAGACGGAUUCGGGUUACCCGGCUGGAAUCGGGGUGAAGAACGCGUUGAUACUGUUGGGUGUUGUGAAUUUGUUGGGGCUUUUGUUCACCUUUUUGGUGCCGGAAUCUAAGGGGAAGUCGCUCGAGGAAAUGUCGGGGGAAAACGAGGACUAUAACGACAAAAACGACGGCGUCGAGAUGGAAACAAGUCGGAACUGA